AUGGUGCAACCCGCAAUUCUGACGAUCGGAGACGUUUUCUACAAGGCCCUGUUAAUAUUAGGUAUUCCAGCUAAUGUCGUCACGCUUUUGACACUCCAGCUGCGCGACUGUGGGAUUUCUAAAAACACUACCAUCUACCUCGUUUCUAUGGCGACGUCGGAUCUCCUCGUCCUAAUCUUUUACGUCGGCAUGAGCCGCAUUCUCGUCCCUCACUUUCCACAGUUCUUUCGCUAUUACCCUAUGGCGUGUCGCUUCGACUUAAUCAUGAUGUUCGCCGUGGUUGACUGUUCGGUCUGGCUAACCGUAUCAUUCACCUUCGAUCGCUUUGUGGCGAUAUGCUUUCAGGGUUUCAAGCAAAGAUACUGUACAACAAAAACAGCAGCAUUCAUAGUGAGCACUGUUUACCUGUUAACUUAUGCCAGGAACUUCCAGUACUAUUUCACUGUCGUACCUUAUUUCGUUUACGGCGGCCAAGAGAUCGGUUGCAAGAAGAAUCCAGCUAUCUACUCUGACCCCGGAUGGAAAGCUUUUUACUGGCUUCAGACGAUUUUAACACCCUUCGCCCCCUACGUCACAAUAGUUUGUUUCAACGUUUUGACAAUCCGGCACAUCCUAGUGGCCAGUCGCGUCCGUCAGAGUUUCCAUUCAGAUGGAGCAUCAAGGGACUCGGAAAUGCAGAAUCGCCAAAGAGCCAUGGUCUUUCUGUUCGGUGCAUCGGCUAGUUUCAUAUUACUUUGGAUGUCAACGGUGGGACUCUUCCUGUUUUCUCGAAUCACAAAUAGGUAUUCCUUCCGGAAUUACAACGAUCCGUUCGCUGUCAUCAAUGAAAUGUCUCGCAUGUUGCGCAUUCUAAAUUGCAGUUCGAGCACUUGCAUGUACGCUCUAUCCCAGUAUAAAUUCAGAGAAGAGCUGAAGAAAUGUGGCAAAUUCCUCAAAACUCUAAUCUGGAAAAGCACUGCAAUGACUAAGUGA